AUGACCAGAUGUUGGGAUGCAGAUCCAUUAAAACGACCAUCUAGUACUGAAUUAUUGAGUAUAAUUACCGCAUGGAACAAUCGUUCCAGAAAUGAAAAUCAAUUUAAUUCUGCUGACAGAAAAGUUCGAGGACUUAAGAAACGUCGACAUCCUAAGAAAAAACAACAAUCGAUUUAUACAUCUAAACUUAUUGAUUUUUCAAAAUUAAAGCAUCAAGAUGCCAAAUAUGAAUCUACUGAAUAUAAAUUCGAUAAAGAAGGUCUUUUA